UUGAAGGUAGGGGAAAAGGAAAGGUUGUGUGUUGUGUGUUGUGUGUUGUGACUCUCUUUGGAGAGAGACUGUGUUUCUCUGCUGCCACCUCCUCUCUCUUUCGCCGGCGUUCUCGUCGGAGAUUCUAUUCCCUCUUUUUUUCUCUUUCCGAUCGCCCAAUUCCAUCCAUAUCCCUAACCCUUCUCAACCAACUCAUAAUUUCGGCGUUUUCUUUCGUUGGGGUUUUUGCUUCCUUUGUGCGAUCAAUCAAUGGAAGAUUACGCUGCCAGCAGCGAUGACGAAUACCGUUACUCCGAUCCGGAGGACUCCGUCGACGCCUUCGAUAACGAUGAUAACGAUUAUCAAUUAGUCUCUUCCAAGGGUCCCUCUACUCAGGUGAUUACGAAGGAGUCAUUGCUAGCUGCACAGAAGGAGGAUUUACGCAGGGUGAUGGACAUGCUAUCGGUGAGGGAGCAACAUGCACGUACCCUGCUUAUUUUUCAUCGUUGGGAUGUGGAGAAGUUGUUUGCCGUGUAUGUAGAUAGGGGAAAACAUUUUCUGUUUUCUGAAGCUGGUGUUACAGUGGAUGAACAUCGCGACUCUAAUUCGUCAGCUGCUCCUUCGACAAUAAUGUGCGAAAUUUGCAUAGAGGAUGUUCCUAGUGAUGAAACAACAAAAAUGGACUGCGGUCACUGUUUUUGCAACGGCUGUUGGACAGAGCAUUUUAUUGUCAAGAUAAAUGAGGGUCAAAGCAAGCGAAUCAGAUGCAUGGCACACAAAUGUUAUUCCAUUUGUGAUGAAGCUGUUGUCAGAACUCUUCUCAGCAAAAAGCACCCUGAUAUGGCAGAGAAAUAUGAACGCUUUCUUCUUGAAUCCUAUAUUGAAGACAACAAGAGAGUUAAAUGGUGUCCUAGUACGCCUCAUUGUGGGAAUGCAAUACGUGUUGAGGACGAUGAAUUAUGUGAGGUAGAAUGUUCAUGUGGUUUACAGUUUUGCUUCAGUUGCUUGUCAGAAGCACAUUCCCCAUGCUCAUGUUUGAUGUGGGAGCUUUGGGCCAAAAAGUGUCGAGAUGAAUCAGAAACUGUUAAUUGGAUAACAGUUCAUACCAAGCCUUGUCCAAAGUGCCACAAACCGGUCGAGAAAAAUGGUGGUUGUAACUUGGUUAGCUGUAUCUGUGGUCAAGCUUUUUGUUGGUUGUGUGGUGGAGCUACUGGUCGAGAGCAUACCUGGUCAAGCAUUGCUGGUCAUAGCUGUGGUCGCUAUAAAGAGCAAGAAAAAACAGCUGAACGGGCAAAGAGGGAUCUGUAUCGUUAUAUGCAUUAUCAUAAUCGUUACAAAGCUCACACAGAUUCCUUUAAGCUUGAGAGUAAACUGAAGGAGACUAUACAAGAGAAGAUUGCUGUCUCAGAAGAAAAAGAUUCUACGCUAAGGGAUUAUAGUUGGGUAAAUAAUGGGCUCUCUAGACUUUUCAGAUCUAGGCGUGUCCUAUCAUAUUCAUAUGCAUUUGCGUUUUACAUGUUUGGUGACGAGCUAUUUAAGGAAGAAAUGACAGAAGCUCAAAGGGAAAUAAAACAGAACUUGUUUGAGGAUCAGCAGCAGCAGCUUGAGGCAAACGUUGAAAAGCUCUCCAAAAUUUUAGAGGAGCCUUUUGAAACUUUUGAAGAUGAUAAAGUCAUGGAGAUAAGGAUGCAGAUAAUCAAUCUGACCACUAUCAUUGACAAACUUUGUCAAAAAAUGUAUGAGUGUAUUGAGAAUGAUUUACUAGGUUCUCUCCAUAUUGGUGUUCACAACAUUGCUCCAUACAAGUCAAAGGGGAUCGAGAAGGCAUCAGAACUUUCAGUUUGUUGGACAAAUGAGGCCAAUAAUACCGGUGUAACAGCAGAACUCGAUAGGCCUUCCGGAUCAGGGAGCUCAGACGAUAGUGGAUGCUCUUCUCGCAAGCGCGCUAGGAAAGAGGGCCUCGGAGGCGCGUUUUUUGAUCUAAACUUACCAGCAGAGUUUGUAGACAGAAAUUGACUUUGGAAGGAAGACACCUUAUAAAUGACCACCAUCACCAUACAGAGAUGCACAGGCCUAACAUGAAAUGCAUUACUUUGCUGCCUUUGAUGGAGUUAAUCACUUUGGAAAAUUACCCUUUUUUUAUUAUUUUGCUUCAUAACUUUAUUUUGGGCAUGUCUCUGCAGAGAUAUGAUUCCAUCUUUAUUUCCUACUUAAGCCAUCUUCUACCUUUUCUUAUAUAUGUUUGGAAUUCUAGCAUUGUAUAUAGCUAGCCUUGGGGGGCAUUUAUUUACUAAUAGUUUUUUUUUCUCUUUUAUGUAAAUGUCUACUUGGGUUUCUAGCACCCUUGAGGACAACUUCUAGGAUGCUUUAUUCAGUAACUUAUUAUGAUGGAGUUACAAGUGAAGGUAACUUCACUUAUUUUUCUUA